AUGAAAGGCAUCAUUUGUGAGAAGGCCGGCGAGCCUUUCAAAAUCGUGGACAAUCUUGAUGUUCCUGAGCCAUCGGCUGACCAAAUACUGGUCAAAUCAAUCUAUAUGGCCUUGAAUCCAGUAGACGGAUUGAUGCGAUCAUUAGGCGUGCUCGUUCAGGAAUGGCCACUCGGUCUUGGAGUCGAUGUUGGAGGCGUCGUGGUAAAAGUAGGCGAAAACGCUGCCUCAAUGUUUAAAGUUGGCGAUUAUGUUUGUGGAAGCACACGCCUGGGCAAUCCGGGAUAUAAUAGUGGGCAGGAAUAUCUAUUGAUGGAUGCCAAAGUCACGAUUCCGAAGCCGAAGAACAUUUCUCUUGUGGAAGCUGCCACGAUAGGUGCUGGUCUGGAGACUGCGGGUUUAUCAGUAUUCGACUGCCUUGACGUGGAACUGCCAAAUUUGCAGGAAGUUCUUGAAGCUAAAUACGCACCUGAAAAAAAGGACGGAUGGGCUAUUGUUCAAGGUGGCGCCAGCUCUGUUGGAAAAUUCGCGGUUCAGCUCUUUAAUAUUUGUGGAUAUAAGGUGAUGGCGUCGUGUUCUGCAAGCUCUGUUCCACUCAUUAAAAGACAAGGCGCUACAGCCGUGUUUGACUAUAAGAAGCCAAUAGAGGAGCAGGUCAAAGAUGUCCUUAAUAUUACCAAAGGCAAGGUACAUCGAGUCUUUGACGCUGCGGCAUCGGGCGAUGCGUUCGCGAAAGAGCUGUUUAAAAGGCUUCCCAAAGAGGGUCCAAAGUUGUUCUGCUCGACAAACACAUGGAGUGGGAUCGCCGACUUCGAAGGGGGCAAAACAAAACUUGUUGAGCUAGGGCAGAUUGGACGGCCAUCUGCAGAACAUAUCAAUGAGAGGAUUGCUGAGUAUAUUCCAGUAUUUGUGGCAUUAUUUGAACAAGGGGGUCAAUUAUUCCCUCCCCCAUAUGAUUUGGUGGGUAAGGGCGGUUUUGAAGAUGCACUUGAGGCGCAUCAGUAUCAGCAAAAGGGUGCCGGAAAAGCGAAUAAGGUGGUAGCAAAGAUUCAGGAUGAAUAG